GAAAGGCAGUGCAGGGAUGAUGAAAGGGAAGAAUCCAGGCAGUCCUUUCUGAUCAUCAUGAAGCUACUGGAGCUGAAUGUUUCAUCCAGGUCCUUCUCUUCCAACAUCCAGUUCUGAUGAUACCAAACUCACUUGAAUUUUGUGGAGUUUGAUGGGAACAUUGCUCCAUAUUAUUGCAUUUGCCUUGAGUCAUAUAUUGAAAUUUUUUCUGCUCAGAUGGAUGAAGCUGGGUUAAUUUUUUGUUUGGUCAGGAUUUAAUCUACAUCAGUUUGCUGACAAUGGAACCACUCCACCAUCUCAAGGGAAUACUGACUUCACAGUGGAAUAUCUUAUUCAGUUUCUUCAAGGUGUACUGAUUCUUCUGCUGUGGACAAUGAGUAGGGAAUGACCUCUCCCACGAGGUGAGUCUCCCAAGGAAUAGGGGAGCCAUGCCCUGCCAGCGUCGCCCACAGUCAACCAGCGACACCCAACGUGAGGAACUCUUCUAUCAAACCUAUUACAGCCUGAGCCAACAAUACCCUCUCAUUCUUCUCCUCCUGGUCAUAGUCCUGGGCAUCUGUGUGGCUCUCAUCAUCACCUCUUUUGCCAGUGGCAGGGAAUUCUCCUCCAACCUAGGCUUCCUGAUUACCUUAUUUGUUGCUUUGGUUGUCUUCAGCCUCAUUCUGGUCCUUGUGUGCAUUGAAAACAUCUUCCAGCGAUGUACCCGGAUCUUCUCAGCUAUCAUUUGGACCUGCCUGAUCACCAUGGGCUAUGUCUUUGUCUUCACAGGAGGGGUGGUCAGUGCCUGGGACCAGGUUUCCUUCUUCCUCUUCAUCAUCUUCAUUGUUUACACCAUGUUGCCAGUUGGCAUGGAAGAUGCAGUGGCUGCUGGCAUGGUCUCCUCUCUCUCCCACAUCAUAGUCCUGACUGUCUACCUCGCGAUGGAGCCUGGCUCACAGUUGAAUUUGGCCCUGCAGCUCCUGGCCAAUCUAGUCAUUUUUGUCUGUGGUAACCUGGUGGGUGCCUACCAUAAGCAUCUGAUGGAAGUGGCCUUGGGGGAGACCUUUCAUGAGACCUUCAACCUCAUCCAAUCCCGAGUCAAGCUGGAGUCAGAGAAAAGGCACCAGGAACACCUUCUCCUCUCCAUACUUCCUGCCUACAUUGCCUUGGAGAUGAAGGCUGAGAUCAUCGAGAGACUACGGGAUGGAGGCCAAGCACAGCGCCGGCAUGAGAGCACCAAUAACUUCCACAACCUCUAUGUGAAGCGCCACCAGAAUGUCAGCAUUCUCUAUGCUGACAUUGUUGGCUUCACUCUCUUGGCCAGUGAAUGCUCCCCCAAGGAGCUUGUCCUUAUGCUCAAUGAACUUUUUGGCAAAUUUGAUCAGAUCGCCAAGGAUAAUGAGUGUAUGCGGAUCAAGAUCUUGGGCGACUGCUACUACUGUGUCUCUGGGCUGCCUGUGUCACUGCCUAACCAUGCCCGGAAUUGUGUCAAGAUGGGGCUUGACAUGUGCCAGGCCAUCAAGAAACUGCGUGAUGCCACUGGGGUGGAUAUCAACAUGAGAGUGGGAGUUCAUUCUGGAAAUGUCCUAUGUGGGGUGAUUGGCCUCCAAAAAUGGCAGUACGAUGUUUGGUCUGACGAUGUGACAUUGGCCAAUCACAUGGAAGCUGGAGGUGUGCCAGGGAGGGUUCACAUUACAGAGGCUACCUUGUCACACCUGGGUGGUGUGUAUGCUGUGGAAGAAGUUUGUUGCUGGCAACGGGACUCGUACUUGAAGGAGAACCGAAUUAGAACCUUUUUGGUCAUUGAUCCCAAGGCUGAAGAAGAAAGCUCCACUGAAACGCUUUCACCUGUGCCAGGCGAGAGCUACAAGAUGAGGGCAUCAGUUCGGAUGACCCGCUACCUGGAGUCCUGGGGUGCAGCCAAGCCUUUUGCCAAUCUCAAACAGCGGGACAACCUUCCGCCAGAGUCAGCAGGAUUUGUUCGGAACAACCACUCGGAGAUUUCUCUGGGAUCUUUGAACCAGCAGAGGACCAUAGAGCGGGGUCGUGCCCCCAGGAGCCCAGAUGAAGACCUGGAAGGUGUGGAUGAAAAGUUCUUCCAACUGAUUGAACAGCUUAACUCACAGAAGCAAUGGAAGAAGUCAGAAGAUUUGAAUCGCAUCACCUUGUAUUUCAAGGAGCAGUCUCUUGAAAAGGAGUAUCGGUUCUCGGCGCUUCCAUCUUUUAAUUACUACACAGUUUGCACCUUCCUGGUUUUCAUCUCCAACUUUGUCAUCCAGAUCCUCGUGGUGUAUAAGACAGAAGCCUUGGGGAUAUCCUAUGGAAUUGCAUUCUUCCUCUUUCUCCUCCUCCUCCUCACCUGCUUUGCUAGUCACCUGGCAAAGUGUUUCUUGAAAGGGCCGAAGGUCUUAUACUGGGUUCCAUCCAUCUCAGCCAGUGUCUGCAGCCAACCAUGGCUACGAGUCUCUCUGGGCAUUGUCACCAUACUUGUGGUUCUCACCAUGGCUGUUCUGAAUUUGUUCUUUAUGCCAGAGACUUCCUGCUUUCCAAACCCUCCAAAUUCCACCAUGGCCGGUGUGAACAUCACCCAAGAGUUUAUUCAUGUUGAUACCCUCUUCUGUGUGCCAUAUUACAUCUACUGCUGUAUCUUGGGGUUCCUCUCAUGCUCCCUCUUCCUGCACAUGAACUUUGAGCUCAAGCUGACCAUGUUGACCCUUUGCCUUGUUGUCUACAAUGUGCUGUUCCUUCACUCCCACUCGUGGCUCUCCGACUGCUAUGUCUCCUGCCUCUACCCUAACCAGACAGCUCUCAGGCCUGGGGUGCUGAAGGAACCCAAGGUGAUGGGAGCUUUCUCAUUCUUUGUUUUCUUCUUCACGCUCUUGGCUUUGGCGAGGCAGAAUGAGUAUUAUUGCCGCUUAGAUUUCCUCUGGAAGAAAAAGUUUAAAAAAGAGCGUGAGGAGAUUGAGACCAUGGAGAACCUCAACCGUGUUUUGCUGGAGAACGUGCUGCCAGCUGAUGUCGCUCAGCAGUUCAUCCGCCAGAAUCGUCGCAACGAGCAGGAUCUCUAUCACCAGUCUUACGACUGUGUCUGUGUUCUCUUUGCUUCCAUACCGGAUUUCAAAGAGUUUUACUCAGAAUCCAACGUCAACCGUGAAGGACUUGAGUGCCUUCGGCUGCUGAAUGAAAUCAUCGCUGAUUUUGAUGAGCUUCUCCUGAAACCCAAGUUCAGUGGAGUUGAGAAAAUCAAAACCAUCGGCAGCACCUACAUGGCAGCCACUGGCUUAAACAUUGCAGCUGGUCAGGAUAACCAACAGGAUGUGGAUCGGAGUUACACCCACCUGGGAACGAUGGUGGAAUUUGCCAUGGCUCUGGUGGCCAAGCUAGACAUUAUCAACAAACACUCUUUCAACAGUUUCAAGCUUCGUGUAGGCAUAAAUCAUGGGCCAGUGGUAGCUGGAGUGAUUGGAGCUCAGAAACCCCAAUAUGAUAUUUGGGGAAAUACUGUGAAUGUGGCCAGCCGGAUGGAGAGUACAGGUGUGCUGGGGAAGAUACAGGUCACCGAAGAAACAGCCAAGGCUCUGGAGACUCUGGCUUAUACUUGCUCUUUGCGUGGAGUUAUCAAGGUGAAGGGCAAAGGUCAACUACGAACGUACUUUGUCUGUACAGACAUGGCUCGGCCUGGUCCCCAAGGGCCAAUGCUGAGCUGACUCCCAUCAAAUGAAACAGUGACAUGCACAAAACCCUUGAUGGCUGGAAGUUCUUGUAAAUAACUGCAAGCUCUUUCUUGUGACUUUUGGGAGCCACAGUGGACUUGAAUGACUUCUGUAGCCUGUGAUUUCAUGAAAGUCUUUGUACUCCAUGCUUGAUUUGUGGUCUGUAUCAUAAUGAAAUGCAGGCGAUGAUGAAGACAUCCCCGGAAACAUCUCACAGAUAACAUUAGUGACAGAUAGAGGAACUAAAGAAUAAAUUGCCUCUUUUGAGAAAGACCUUGCCACCAGAGUAAGCCAUGGGCAAUGUGCUUCCAUUUUUUUUCUGUUGUUACAAGAAGAGGAAAUAAUAUUUGAAAUGGUCACAAACAUGUUUUUUGAGUGUUGAGAAACAAUGACAAGAGGAAUCCUUGACUGACGAGAAUCUUCACAGUUUGGGACUUAUUCUGUGCAAAAUUUGCAUAUGAUUGUUUUAAACAGAAAUCAGCAUUUUCUGUAAAGGAAGCAACAGAGAAAUAUUAAUUCAUGUCCAGAAAACACUGCAAUCUGUGCAGAAAAUACUGUUUUUUAUGCAAAUCAUCUAUGUGUCAAUUUUAUGCAGAAUAAAUCUUAAUUUAUAGCAUCUCUUUGCAGAAGACAGUAUUUUCUACAAAGAAAUCAAUAUUUUUGCAUUGAAACAUUAUUUUUCAUGCAGAGAAGCCUGCUUCUUGAACAGAAAAUGUUGAUUUCUGUGCAAAAGAGCCAUGUGAAAUAUUUUCAUAUAAUCAGUCCUGAAUUGCAAAUCACCUUUGAAAACUGUGUGGUAUCCAAAGUCUUUCUUGCAGUGGGAACAAAACUGCUGAAGUUGUUCAUUGCAACCUUUAAGAAGAAACUUAUUGAAAAAUUGUAUCCCUAUAGAAGAAUGAAUCCUUCCACCAAAAACACUUAAUGGAUCCCUUGAAGGACUAAGCAGAGCUUCAUUCUGGUUUCAAGAGGGAAGAAAGAAACUUCCUGGUCAGUCCAUGGUUUCACAGAUCCUCAUUUCAUUAUUCCAAAUCUGUCCAUAUGAUCAGCAACUAUGUUCUAUGGAGACUCAUUUUAGGAAAUUCUUUCUUCAAGACCACAAGCAUUGAAUCCAGAGAGUUUAUGAAUAUGUUUGAGCCCAUCUCUCUCAAGCAGUGACCUUGGAGGCUUAAAUUUCCAGGAGCCUUCAAAGACUCCUCCACUUCAACAUAAACUGGGCAGGACUGGCCCCUUGUAGCAAAAAGCCUGAUAGGGCAUGGUUAUUGUUGUGUGCCUUCAAGAUGUUUCUGACUGACAGUGACACCGAGAAAAGUCUGGUGUGGGGUUUUCUGAAAAAGAUUUGUCCAGAGGUGAUUUGGCUUUCCCUUCUUUUGAGGCUAAGAGUGUGUUAUUUGUCCAAGGUCAUCCAGUGGGUUUCCAAGGCCAAGUGGGGAUUCAAAGCCUGGUUUCCCAACAC